AUGGACGGCGACAAACCGUGGGCUCUGAUCUCCGAGGUGGGUGAGCAGGGCAUCCUGGAGCAGGCCAUAGAUAUACUGAGGCAACACUUCCAAAUCGUCAACCACCGUGACUUUCUGAAGGACCCGGGUCUUUACGGCCCCAAAAUCCAGGUCCUGUUCAGUUGGAUACAGCGCCCGAAGGCCACGCCGGCACUGCUCAAGUCUCUCCCGGCGCUCAAGGUGGUCGCCAGCGGAGGGGCGGGAUACGACCACCUGGAUUUACCCAACAUCACCCGCUUGGGGGUGAGAGUGGCCAACACGCCAGGGGUGGUCAGUGAUUCCACGGCGGAUAUGGCCAUGGCGCUCCUUCUCGCGUCAGCACGCAACAUUGUUGAAGGUCACCAACUCAUGAUGGACCCCAAGACCACCGUCUUGCCGCAGUGGCUAGGGGGCGUCGAGGUCUCAGGGUCCUCUCUGGGGAUUGUCGGAAUGGGAAAGAUCGGGUACAAAAUCGCUCAACGGGCUAAAGGAUUUGACAUGAGGAUUCUGUAUUAUAACAGAAGCAGAAGGAGUAUUGAGGACGAGCAGACACUGGGCGCUACUUAUUGCGAGAACCUAGCCGACUUGCUGGGCCAAUCCGAUUUUGUGGUACUAUCCGUGUGCCUGACGCCUGAGACCACCGGCCUCAUCAGUGCCAAGGAGCUGGCCCUCAUGAAGCCCAGCGGCACGCUGGUCAACAUCAGCAGAGGUCCAGUCGUGGACCAGGACGCAUUGGUUGAGGCUCUGCAGGCCAGGACCAUACGGGCCGCUGCAUUGGACGUGACUUAUCCUGAACCUUUGCCAAGGGAUCAUCCUCUCCUCGGUCUUCCCAAUGUGCUCAUUACCCCUCAUUUUGGCACCAGCACCAUCACCACCAUAAGGAGGAUGGUGCAAAAGAUGGUUGACAACGCCCUGGCAGCCAUUAAAGGAGAAAAAAUGCCUGAUGAACUAAAAUGUUGA